CCUUCGAUUUUUCCAAAUCGUCACAGAUUAAAUCAACAACCACAACGAAAAGAAAUAUCAGCAGCUGGACUUUAUCGCUCUCUAUUAACGAGAGCAUUCACGUCCACUUCUUUUUACGUAUUUAAUUUCUACGAGGGACGACUUGCCAAAGUGCAAAGUUCGUGCGCCCAUUUCUUACUUGACCCCACCAAGAUCGUCGCUCCCAACCAACUCUUGAAUUCUAAGCUGUGCUUGGAAUUCGAGAAGUCGCGUCGAUACAUCUACAAUCAUGGCUACCGACAAGGGGCUCGAGGAUAUCGAGCAAUCCCAGAUCGAGUCUAACUAUGACGAGACUGUCGACUCCUUCGAUGAGAUGAACCUCAAGCCCGAGUUGCUACGAGGUGUCUAUGCUUAUGGAUUCGAGCGUCCUUCUGCUAUUCAGCAGCGCGCGAUUAUGCCGGUCAUCAAGGGUCACGAUGUAAUUGCGCAGGCCCAGUCUGGUACUGGCAAGACCGCUACUUUCUCUAUCUCCGUUCUCCAGAAGAUCGACCCGAACGUCAAGCAGUGCCAGGCGCUCAUUCUGGCUCCUACCCGUGAGCUGGCUCAACAGAUCCAGAAGGUCGUUGUCGCUAUUGGCGACUUCAUGAGCAUUGAGUGCCAUGCUUGUAUCGGCGGAACUAGCGUCCGUGAUGACAUGAAGGCCCUUCAGGAAGGCCCCCAGGUCGUUGUCGGCACUCCCGGCCGUGUCCAGGAUAUGAUUCAGCGACGAUUCCUCAAGACUGACGGCAUGAAGAUGUUCGUUCUUGACGAGGCUGAUGAGAUGCUUUCUCGUGGUUUCACCGAGCAAAUCUACGAUAUCUUCCAACUCCUUCCUCAGUCCACCCAGGUCGUUCUUCUGUCCGCCACCAUGCCCCAAGAUGUCCUUGAGGUCACGACCAAGUUCAUGCGAGACCCCGUCCGCAUUCUCGUCAAGAAGGACGAGCUUACCCUUGAGGGUAUCAAGCAAUUCUACAUUGCUGUCGAGAAGGAGGAGUGGAAGCUCGACACUCUCUCCGAUCUCUACGAGACCGUCACCAUCACGCAGGCCGUUAUCUUCUGUAACACCCGUAGAAAGGUUGACUGGCUUACUGAUAAGCUCACUGCCCGUGACUUCACUGUGUCAGCUAUGCACGGUGACAUGGACCAGGCCCAGCGUGACCUAAUUAUGAAGGAGUUCCGAUCCGGUUCUUCUCGUGUUCUGAUCGCCACUGAUCUUUUGGCCCGUGGUAUCGACGUCCAGCAGGUGUCUCUAGUCAUCAACUACGAUCUGCCUGCUAACCGUGAGAACUACAUCCACCGUAUCGGUCGUGGUGGUCGAUUCGGCCGAAAGGGUGUUGCCAUCAACUUCGUUACCGCUGAGGACGUCCGAAUGAUGCGUGAGAUCGAGCAGUUCUACAGCACCCAGAUCGAGGAGAUGCCGAUGAACGUGGCCGACCUCAUCUAAGCAACGUAUUCUUAUUCAUACUCAACAAGGCUAGUCUGUCUAACAUUCAGGGUGGAGACAGAAUGAUGCGCGGUUCGAGGGUUGACCAAGAGGUCCCGUAGAAUACAUGGGUGGGGUGGCGAUGAUGCUCUCAUCUAGCAUCUUUCAUUUUUCUAUUAGCACGUCUCAGGGAUGAGCCGUGGUCGGUACAGGAGGGAAAAGAAGCAUCUAGGCAUUUGCGGCUAGGCAUCUAGCACCUAAUACUGGUAAUGCAUAUUGCCUGACGGUGGGAGGCUGUCAUGGACCAGGCUAUUGCUUAUUUCCGCGUUGUUAUGUACCUAGGUCGCUGAUGCUUUCCUAAAUAAACGUUCUGAAUUUGCCAGU